CAUCGCCGGAAGAGUGUGCGCCAUUUUGAAAACUUUCCCAUCCAUAACCGAGAAAGAGAGAAAGGGAGAGGGUGAGGCAGAAGUAAAACAUCAAGGAUUCCCUAUCCAUUAUCGACCUUCAUCCUUGUUCCUACUUAAGUAUUCACGGUCCUAGAGACACCAAGUCAUAAGGCCGCAAUAUUGCAGCAUCUACCGGUAUCACCAUUUUAAAUUCAUUAUGGCAGGAGCUGGAGGAGGGAAUGAUGUUCAAUGGUGUUUCUCGCAGGUUAAAGGAGCAAUAGAUGACGAUGUAGCAGAAGCUGAUAUAAUUUCUACCGUAGAGUUUAACAGUUCUGGUGAAUUAUUAGCAACUGGAGAUAAGGGUGGUAGAGUAGUCAUCUUCCAGCAAGAGCAAGAGAACAAAAACCUGCUUCAAAGUCGAGGAGAGUACAAUGUUUACAGCACCUUCCAGAGCCAUGAACCCGAGUUUGACUACUUGAAAAGUUUAGAAAUUGAAGAAAAGAUCAAUAAAAUUAGAUGGCUACCCCAGAAAAAUGCUGCUCAGUUUUUGUUAUCCACAAACGAUAAAACAAUAAAGUUGUGGAAGAUCAGUGAAAGGGACAAAAGACCAGAAGGGUAUAAUUUGAAAGAGGAAGAUGGAAGGUACCGAGACCGUUCGACAGUUACCACACUACGGGUGCCAGUAUUCAGGCCUAUGGACCUGAUGGUAGAAGCUAGUCCUCGAAGAAUAUUUGCCAACGCACACACAUAUCACAUCAACUCCAUAUCUGUCAACAGUGAUUAUGAAACAUACCUAUCGGCAGAUGAUUUGCGGAUUAAUUUAUGGCACCUUGAAAUUACAGACAGAAGUUUUAAUAUUGUGGAUAUCAAACCUGCCAACAUGGAGGAGUUGACAGAGGUAAUCACAGCAGCAGAGUUUCACCCAAGCCACUGCAAUACAUUUGUGUACAGCAGCAGUAAAGGCACUAUUCGGCUUUGUGACAUGAGGGCAGCUGCACUUUGCGACAAACACGCUAAAUUAUUUGAAGAGCCAGAAGAUCCGAGUAAUAGAUCGUUCUUCUCUGAAAUUAUCUCCUCCAUAUCAGAUGUCAAAUUUAGCCAUAGCGGCCGUUAUAUGAUGACCAGAGAUUACCUUUCAGUAAAAAUCUGGGACUUGAGUAUGGAGAACAGGCCUGUGGAAACAUACCAGGUUCAUGAAUACCUCAGAAGUAAACUUUGUUCAUUGUAUGAAAAUGACUGCAUUUUUGACAAAUUUGAAUGCUGCUGGAAUGGCUCAGAUGGUGUUGUUAUGACUGGGUCGUACAAUAAUUUCUUCAGAAUGUUUGACAGAAACACAAAGCGGGAUAUUACUUUAGAGGCCUCAAGGGAGAACAGUAAGCCACGCACAGUGCUCAAGCCACGUAAAGUCUGUGCAGGAGGCAAACGUAAAAAGGAUGAGAUUAGUGUUGACAGCUUAGACUUCAACAAGAAGAUCCUUCACACAGCUUGGCACCCUAAGGAGAACAUCAUUGCUGUAGCAACCACAAAUAACUUGUAUAUAUUCCAGGACAAAGUGAACUAGGGUUGAUCUGCUCGAAGCAAAUGCACUUCCUGCAUAGUUGAGAUAGUUGAAUCUAGCAUUUUUACCCAGUGAGAGAAACACAGGUCCAUCCUGGCCCCCAUUCCCAGUGUUAAAGCUGUGCCAUGUGAGACAACACAUGUUUAAUUUUUGGUUAGCUACAUGGAGAGUGCUCUGGCUCUUCCUCUGUGGUACUGUCCACGGCUGCGAGCAUUUAGGGGAACGGGCACUUUUCAGUUUCACAGCUAUCCUGGGCCGCCAUUGCUAAUGGACUAGAUUGGACUGCAUCAGCGUUGGGUUUACUCCACUUUUAUGCCUUCCAUUGUGAUGACGUCAAAUACAAUGAAAGCCUUGAGUCAUGAUAUGGAACUUUAUUGUGUAUUCAUUUACUGUAAUAUUUGUGCCCCUCUUUUUAUUAAAUACAGCUCAUUCUUGCUGUUGCUUGUAACAUUCCUCCUUCCGGCCUGAUGGAUUCCCCCAGCCCACCCUUGGUGGCAUUGUAUAAACAGAGAAGCACACGGAAUAGGUCAGAUUGGGGUCAGUGUUGCAUACAGAUGUUUUAAUAACAACUGACUGUAAUUGCUCCUUGCCAUCUGUGGCGCCAGAAAUGAAAUAAAAAAGAAAAAAAUACUACUGAAUGAAAAGUGA